CUCUCAUUCCCCCCCACCCCAAUACACAAGCGCCACAGCUUCAUCCACAGCAAGCAAGUGGAAUCCUAAUGACAUUUUCAUUGAGGGGUAGUGCCAUUGAUUGUGUGUAGCGCCCACCCCCUCCAUCUCCUCUCUCACAAACACCCCCAGAGCACAAUGCGGCGAGCGUUAGGGACAGAACAGAGCGCUUAGUCUGUGAUGUAUCGUUCUAGAGCGCACUAGCGAGCGCGGAUCCCCCUUCUCUUUGACUUGGUAUAACCCACAUUGUAACAGUUUCUCUUUGUCGGUCGGUUUCCUGUUCAGUUUUCUUUGAGGGACUGAGUAUGGCGGCUACGGAGAUUGUGCGACAGAUGGGUGAAGGGUGCCGCAACCUUCCUCUUUCGGCCCAUGUGGGAUUUGACAGCUUGCCCGACCAGCUGGUUACCAAAUCAGUUAACCAUGGCUUUUGUUUUAACAUUCUCUGUGUGGGUGAGACUGGCCUUGGUAAAUCUACAUUGAUGGACACCUUGUUUAAUACCAAGUUUGAAAGUGAGCCCAAUUCACAUUCACAACCAGGAGUGCAGCUUAAAUCCAGCACAUAUGAUCUUACAGAGAGUAAUGUACGUCUGAAACUGACAGUUGUUAACUCAAUUGGUUUUGGGGACCAGAUUAACAAAGAAGACAGUUACAAAUCUAUCGUUGAGUUCAUUGAUUCCCAGUUUGAAGCUUACCUACAGGAGGAACUGAAGAUUAAAAGAGUUUUUCAUAACUACCAUGACUCUCGUAUCCAUGCCUGUCUCUAUUUUAUUGCUCCCACCGGUCAUUCUCUGAAGUCUCUUGACCUGGUAACAAUGAAGAAACUGGAUAGCAAGGUUAAUAUAAUACCAAUCAUUGCUAAAUCCGAUGCCAUUUCUAAGAGUGAGCUGACUAAAUUCAAGAUUAAGAUCACAAGUGAGCUGGUUAGCAAUGGAGUACAGAUCUAUCAGUUUCCCACAGAUGAUGAAACAGUCGCUGAAAUAAAUGGAACAAUGAAUGCUCACUUGCCCUUUGCGGUAGUUGGCAGCACAGAGGAAGCAAAAAUAGGAAACAAAAUGAUGAAAGUUCGGCAGUACCCCUGGGGAACUGUUCAAGUUGAAAAUGAAUCUCACUGUGAUUUCAUCAAGUUGAGAGAGAUGCUGAUACGGGUGAACAUGGAGGAUUUACGUGAACAAACACACACACGUCAUUAUGAACUUUACCGAAGAUGCAAAUUGGAGGAAAUGGGCUUUAAAGACACAGACCCAGACAGCAAACCAUUCAGUUUACAGGAGACCUAUGAGGCAAAAAGGAAUGAAUUUCUCGGAGAACUGCAAAAGAAAGAAGAAGAAAUGAGGCAGAUGUUUGUUCAGAGAGUAAAAGAGAAGGAAGCUGAGCUGAAGGAGGCAGAAAAAGAGCUCCAUGAAAAGUUUGACCGCUUAAAAAAGUUACAUCAAGAGGAGAAGAAAAAGCUAGAAGAAAAAAAAAAAAGCCUGGAUGAUGAGGUGAAUGAAUUUAAGAAAAGGAAGACUGCCGCUGAGUUAUUGCAGUCACAAGCACAGCAGGCUGGGGGCUCACAGACCUUGAAAAAGGAGAAAGAGAGAAAGAAUUAAUUCUGCUGCCUGCUGCAUGGGGCUCAUGGUCCGGCUUCUUUUAAUCUGUUUCCCCACCUGUAUGACGAAGAAGAGCACUGUUUGUAGAAGACACAGAGGUCCCUUUUGUUCUUGGAAUGGAAAAGUGAUAAUUAAUAAAGUUUAAAAAAAACCCUACCAAAAUUAAUAAUGUUGAAAGAUGUUCUGUGAUUGCAUGGUAUUAAACCUUGAGAUGUUAGAAAGGGCUUUUCAUUGGAAAGCACACGUAUGGAGAAGACUACAGCAAACUCUGUACCUACAUGUAAAUAUUCAUAUUCCAUCAGUAACAAGGUACCUACAAGUAAUUGACUUGGCCCCUUAUAAUGUUAAAAGGUGUACAUAUACCUAGUACAGAUAAUUACAGAGCUAUGCUUUGGUCAGUUUUUCAGAAAGCCAUUUUAGACUCAUUUCAGGCUAUCCCCACUGUAACCUAUAUAUACUAUAUUAUUUUCUUCACAAAGAUUUUAAGACUUAACAAAUUAAGCACUUCCCUUCCACAGAUCUACAGAAAGCCUGCUAGGGAUUAUUUAAUUUAGAUGCUUUCUGCAUAUUUCUGCAGUGGAGAUCUGUUUGGCAUCCCUUAUUUUAAUCUUAUAAAACAGAGAUGGGAAAAUCUCUAGUUAAUAACUUGCAAGCCAUACCUGCAUUAAUAAAACCCAUGGCCAUUCUGUUGCUGCAUGUUAUAUAUGGAAUUUCCAGCAUGCCUUUUUAUGCAAGAGAUUGUUCUGGACUACUCCUGUACUGUCUUAUUGAACCCACGAUUCACAAAGUCUACAGCCAGUAUGCCUCUUGUCAUUGCAUGUGCUUUUAUGGUUAUGAGUGUGUGGCUCAGAGGGGGUUUUACUUGUUCUAAAUGUUUGCACGUCAGUAGCAGAGUUUCCAAAUUUGAAAAGCACAAAAGGAAAACUUGAGAGGGAUGGGAUGUAGAUGCUUGCCUUUACUUCAUGUACCACCCAAAUGCACUUCAGCCCUAAGACAUGUCUCACUGAAAAACUGAUCUGUGAACUGUUUGGUCAUCUUUGUCAGAAUGGAGAGCAAGUCAUUGCCUUAGGGUGGGGAUCCCUAACCUUUUUGACAUGUGAGCCACAUUCAAAUGUAAAAAGGGCUGAGGAGCAACACAAGCAGGAAACAAGUUCAUGGGGGAUGCCAAAUAAGGGCUGUGAUUUGGAAGCUCAAUGUAGACUGGAAACAUACAGGAGGCUCUGUUUGUCAGUACUUCUGUUUAUUAUGCAAUCAAAACUUGCCUUUAAGCCAGGAAUUUAAAAAGAAGCACCUCCAUUAAUGCCACUGGAAGCAACAUCCAAGGGGUUUGUGAGCAACAUGUUGAUCAUGAGCCACUGGUUGGGGAUCACUGCCUUAGUGGCUCUGCCAGUGGCUUAUUUAGGAAGCUCUGCAAUUGUCAAACAAUUAUUUCAAGUCUGAGAAUGCAAUCUCAUUAUCUGCUCAUGCUAAUUUCAUAAAAGUACAUCCAUGCCUACAGCAUUUACAGUGGGAAAUUAAUUGCCCACAAUAAAUCUGCUACCAUGGGUGUCUAAUCUCCCCAAAAAACCCUAUGCAUCAUUUUGUUUUUCCUCAGUUGCGUCAAGUUGCCUGCAGGAGGAAACUUUGCGCAAUCUUGGCAAAAAUAAGCAAUGUAUGGGGCUUUCCACCGGCGUUUCCUUUUAUUGCCAGUGGAAAGGCUUUUCAGGAAGAUUAGCCUCCCAUUAAUUAUUGCGGGUGACUAAUCUCCCCAUGGGGCAUCGGCAUAACGGGGGGUAGAAGGGCCUUUAUUAGCAGGUCCAGUCUGAGAUUUAAAUAGGCCUAAGCAUUUCAGCUGCACAGAAGUUCCUUCUGGCUCAAUAAAUAUUGACUAUCUAUGGAUUCUUAAAGCAAUCUCUCUGGCAUUUGUUGGAAUCUAAAAUCUGCCAGCCUGGUUAAUUGCAUGGCCAUUCUUCAAGACUUUAAGAGAUAAUGUUGUUUUUGGGGGAAAUUUGAGUUCGUAGUCAAAUAAAAUCUAGCGAAAAACAUGAUUUUCUGUGCUCGUGCUUAACUGGACCCUCAGGAAAAUCCAAAUAUGCAAAGACUUAUGCCAACACCUAUUUCCCUAUGUAAUUUCUAUGUGGUAUAGAAGCCAUUCCUAUUUUGUAGGCAUCUAACUUUAGAUUUAUUUUCUUGGGCCCCCCUAGUGUAAUUACAAGGAAGUUAAUUUAAAGGAGAAUGACCCAACCCUACCCAUUUUCAGUCUGCCCUCUGCACAGACCCGACUGUCUCUACUAAACCCUAUUAUCUGUGCAGGCUCCUUGGUGCUUAUCACUGAGAAGGAGGAUACACAGUGGAGGCCAAUCUCAUCCUGGCAAUCAGUGUGCAUUCUCCUGGUGAGUGUUCUUCUCCAGGAAGCCAGAGCAACAGAUGAAAACAGCCAAACCAUCAGCUCUGACAUGCUGUACUGCUCUGCUGCUCUGCAUUUCUCAAACAGGUAAAGAAGAGGGCAGAUCAAAGGCACACAGUUGAUGCCAUUUUAGAGGGUACAGGUGGGCCUGUGAAGAGAGUGGAUAGAACUGGGAAGGGGGAAGGGUACAUUUUCUACUCACUGGCAUACUACAUGAUUGUAGGCUAGAUUAUUUGAUCAUAGUGGUGUUAUACACAACAAUCUUUGGAGCCCAUAAGCAGGCAGGGAUUUGCAAAAAUACCUUGCAGAGCCACAUUUGGCCCGCAGUCCUCCAGAUGGGCAGACCUGAUAUAGUUGACACUUUGUUCACUUUCUUCUGCAAAUGCAAUUGGUAGAAUGUUUCUUUGACAUUAAAUGACUAGCAAUGACAUAAUUAAAUUAACCAUGAAACAUUAGACAUAAGGAUGAUUCUAGUCAUUUAAGAGUUUGCUUUUGGAACACAUUACUAUGACAUUAUGUAAUGAAUAUGUUAGUUGUGGUUAAAGCUUAUUCAAUGAAAACAUCAGUUUGAAUGGGAAGAUAAAUCUGAAAAGCUGCCAGCUCACAUAUCGUAUCUUUUUAUCCAAUAUCCAGGAAGGUUAUGUGCUUUAGAUGAUGAUGUUACUCACCUAAAGACAAAUUCAACAUUGUUUUCUUGUAUUUCUUGCUUAAUGUUACAUAUAUAUCAUGCAUAGAUAUUAUAUUGUAAUAAAGAGGUAGCUGGGGUCUGCAGGAAAGAAUGUAUUUCACACUGUUUUAUGAAAACCAGCCCAUGCAAUUAUUUGAAUAUUACUGUAUGAAAAGUUUGCAUAUAUACAGCUGUGAGUAUUAAGCCCUUUAAAUGUAGAACAGAUCAUCUUUGCAUCCACACAUCUACUGUCUACACACUACUUGGCUGAAACCAGAUUCAUAAUAUUAGAAAUUGCUUUAUAAGGCACACUGGAUUGAAACCAAAAUUACCUCAUUCUUAGUGGCCACAUGCCUCAUUUAGUUCUAGAGCCACUCUAAUUGCACAUUGAAAAUUAAGGACCUAACACGUAAGUAUAAAUAUUUAGGAAGGUCUCCAAGCAGAUGAAUAGUUUCAUGGGCCUUCCCCAGAAAGAAUAGUUCUAAUUACCUGUUCUAUUCUAACCAGUUGUGCUUCCUUUUCUCUGCAAUGAACCUCUGUUUUUUUCCCUUUAUAUAGAAAUGAAAUGUAAAUGAAAAACUAAAUGCAUAUUUACUUUCUAAACAUAAAGGACCAGCACUAUGUUACUUAAUACAUUUCUGUAAUUUUUUCAAUAAAAAUACCCUGAUUAACCUGA